ACGUAUGAUAUUCCCAUGGCCAUUCUAAAACUGGUCGGACUCAGGGUCACCAGGAAAGAUUCUAAGCUCGUGAAGUUCUGCUGGGAUCUGUUCUACUGGUUCGAGUUCGCCAACCUGUUCGUGGUAACGUGGCUGGAGUUGAUCAACAUGGCGGAGACGGCGCGCGGCGGCUCCUUCCAGGACGCCGUCGAGAUCUUCCGCAUGAUGCCGUGCGUCGGCUACCUGCUGCUAGCCAUGGCCAAGUCCUACAAGAUAGUCUACUACCGUCCAAUCUACGAGAACUUAGUGAGCGAGCUGCGAGGCAUGUGGCCACGCGGUCGCGUCACCAAAGAGGAAGACGCCAUCAUCAGCACAGCACUCAGGCAGCUUAACUACGUCGUCCAAGGCUACUACUGGUGCAACAACGCCCUCCUCGUCAUAUUCCUCUCGCCGCCCUUCGUGGAGAUCCUCAAGCGAGCUAUGGGGCAGAACGUCCCGCUCAUCCUGCCCUUCUUCUACUGGUUCCCCUUCGACCCAUUCGCGAGGAUCUACUAUGAGGUCAUACUGGCGUUCCAGACUUGGCAUGGUCUGAUAACCAUCUGGUUCAUGCUAUGCGGGGACCUGCUAUUCUGCAUCUUCCUCAGCCACAUCACGACGCAGUUCGACCUGCUCUCAGUGAGGAUCAAGAGGCUGAUAUACGUGCCGGUAGACGGACAGCUGGUCAAGGAGUAUCCUUUGGCGGAAUACACUGAAGAGCACCUCCUCACCAACAAGGCGGCUAUCGACAUGUAUAACGAAGCCGACUGGGACAGGACACACCGAAAGCUGCUGGCUAAUAUAAUACGGAGGCAUCACGCUUUGAUCAGACUUGCAGGAGACGUAGAGAACUUAUUCAGCUUCGCGCUACUGGUCAACUUCUUCAACAGUUCCAUCAUCAUCUGCUUCUGUGGAUUCUGCUGUGUUAUCGUUGAGAAAUGGAACGAAAUGGUCUACAAAUCGUUCCUGACGACGGCACUGUCCCAAACAUGGCUGCUGUGCUGGUACGGUCAGAGGCUCCUGGAAUCGAGUGAAGGCGUAUCAGACGCUUUAUACAACAGCGGAUGGUACAAAGCCACGAAGAAAAUUAAGAGCUCCAUUCUGAUUAUGAUUCACAGGUCACAAAAGGAAGUCCACGUAACCACAUACGGAUUCUCUGUGAUUUCGCUUGCAAGCUACACUACGAUUAUCAAAACAGCGUGGUCGUACUUCACACUGCUUCUCAACAUUUAUAAACAGUAGAUAUUUGUAACUACCCACAUAAGUACAAAAAUAACUGUACUAAAAUUAAUUCAUUAAUAAACUUAAUAAAAAUGUAA